AUGCAGACCAGGAAGAAAUACAUUUUCCUGACUUUCCUUGCCUCUUGGCUCCUGCUUCUCUUCUUCGGAGGGGAUCAGCUGCGCCGUUUCGCUUUCUUUCCUGGGAGGAAAGCUGAAGCCCAGAGGAAUUGGCCUCGCUGGACAGAUCAGUCCCUUCUCAAAACCUUUGCAGACCCCAGGGAGCUGCAGGGCGAUGGGGACCCCUCCCUGCUGUCACCCCGGGAGCGGCGGGCGGCGCAGGUGAGAGUCUACAAGAGCAGUCGGUGCCGGAUGGAAACCUGCUUCGACUUCUCCAGGUGCCAGAAGCACGGCUUCAAAGUCUUCACCUACCCCCAAGAGAGGGAUCAGCCUCUCUCGGAGAGCUACGGCAAAAUCCUCUCCUCCAUCCAGCGCUCUCGCUACUACACCCCACGCCCUGAGGAAGCCUGCCUCUUCAUCCUCAGCAUCGACACCCUGGACCGUGACCACCUCUCAGGCCAAUACGUCCAUAACGUGGAUGAGAAAAUCCGUGGCUUCCCGCUCUGGAACGGUGGCCAGAACCACCUCAUCUUCAACCUCUACUCAGGAACCUGGCCCAAUUACACCGAGGACUUGGGCUUUGACCUGGGCCAGGCCAUCCUGGCCAAAGCCAGCUUCUACACCCAGAGCUUCAGGCCUGGCUUUGACAUCUCCAUCCCUCUUUUCUCCAAGGACCACCCACAGCGUGGUGGGGAGAAGGGGUGGUUGUAUCAGGACUCCGUCCCCCCCAAAAAGAAAUACCUGCUGGUGUUCAAGGGGAAGCGGUACCUGACUGGUAUCGGCUCAGGCACUAGGAAUGCCCUGCACCACAUCCACAACGGCAAGGACAUCAUCUCACUCACCACCUGCAAGCAUGGCAAGGACUGGGAGAAGCACAAGGACCCUCGCUGUGACCAGGACAACGUUGACUAUGAAAAGUUUGACUACCAGGAGCUGCUCCACAAUUCCACCUUUUGCAUCGUGCCCCGCGGCAGGCGCUUGGGCUCCUUCCGCUUCCUGGAGGCUCUGCAGGCUGCCUGCAUCCCCGUGCUGCUGAGUGACGGCUGGGAGCUGCCCUUCGCUGAAGUCAUCGACUGGGGCAAAGCUGCUGUCGUGGGCAAUGAGAGGCUGCUGCUGCAGAUCCCCUCCAUCAUCCGCUGCAUCCACCCGGAGCGCAUCCUGGCGUUCCAGCAGCAGACUCAGUUCCUGUGGGACGCCUACUUCUCCUCGGUCGAUAAGAUCGUGCACACCACGCUGGAGAUCAUCAGGGACCGGCUGCUCCCGCACCGCUCCCGCUCCCGCUUCCUCUGGAACACGCUGCCUGGGGGGCUCCUGGCUCUGCCUGACUUCUCCACCCACCUCGGGGACUUUCCCUUCUACUACUUGCAACAUGGCUCCAGCCCCUCUGAGAAGUUCACAGCUUUCAUCCAGGUGGUCUCCCCAGCAGGGUCCCCCUCCCAGCCCAUCCUCAGGCUCAUCCAAGCUGUCUCUGGAUCCCAGUACUGUGCCCAGAUCCUGGUACUGUGGAGCUGCAAGGAGCCACCACCACCAAGGGGGAAAUGGCCUCAGACCACUGUGCCUCUGACCAUCAUCCAGGGCAGGGGAAAGCUCAGUGACCGCUUCCUCCCCUACGCGGCCAUCCAGACAGAUGCGGUGCUGAGCCUGGAUGAGCACAGCAGCCUCUCAACCAGCGAGGUGGACUUUGCCUUUGGGGUGUGGCGCAGCUUCCCCGAGCGCAUCGUUGGCUUCCUGACGCGGAGCCACUUCUGGGACCCCGAGCGGGGGUGCUGGGGCUACACUUCCAGGUGGACCAACGAGCUCUCCAUUGUCCUCACUGCCGCCGCCUUCUACCACAGGUAUUACCACAGCCUCUUCACCGAGUACCUGCUGGCGGGGCUGCGGGAGCUGGCAGACAGCCUGGCCGCUUGCGAGGACAUCCUGAUGAACGCCCUCGUGGCCGCCGUCACCAAGCUGCCCCCCAUCAAGGUCACCCAGCACAAACAGCACAAGGACACUGUGCCCCGGCAGGUGAAGGGCACAUCGGGGGCGGCCGGCGGACAGCGUCUCUCCCCGCAGCAGGACUGCCUCAACCAGCUGGCUGACUGGUUUGGCUACAUGCCCCUCGUAUCCUCCCAGCUGCGCCUCGACCCCGUCCUCUUCAAGGACCAGGUCUCCGUCCUGCGCAAGAAAUACCCCCGCUUGGAGAGACCCUGA